UACUACAAAAGUUAGUGGGAUGCAAGUAACAUUUUUCCAAAAGUCGUUGGUCACUUGCAAAAAUUUGCAAAAAUAGGAUUGGCUUACACCGCAGUUAACAAUGAAGAGAGAGAUAGAACAGAAACAGCAGUAGAAAAUAGAGAAAAUACAAAAGAACACAAAGGGGAAGAGAGAGAGGAAAGGUAACCGUCUGAGAGUCAAACCCAAAACACCAACAUCAAUACCAAAAAAAAGUUCUCGCCGGUGUUACUCCUCCUGUUUGCCGGUGAAGUGUUUCCGAUAUUCAUGCUUCAUCUGAUCGUCAAAUUACGUCAGCGCUCGGCGGCAGUGGCGGAGGUGGAGACUGGCGGCGGCGGCAGAGUAAGCGGUGGAGUACUUAAGGAAGUUGUUGAAGUGCAUAUUGAUCCUUUUUCCGGGUCGUUACUUGCUGGUUACCGGUGAGAUUCUAGAAACUUCGUAUUUGAUUAUAUAUUAUGAAGAAAAGCCAAAACAGCAGCAGCAAUAGCAACAGUAAUAACAAAAAUAAGGUGAAGAAUGGGACCAAUACCAAUGGAUUUCUCCCCAAUUCUCUCAAGUUCAUCUCAUCUUGCAUCAAAACGGUGUCGUCCAAUGUCCGCACCGCUGGUGCCUCCGUCGCUGGUUCCUCCUCCGACGAUCACCGCAAAGACCAGGUUUUAUGGGCUUGCUUUGACAGACUAGAGCUUGGUUUGUCUUCAUUCAAACGAGUUCUCCUUAUUGGUUACUCAGAUGGAUUUCAAGUUCUUGAUGUUGAAGAUGCUUCAAACGUUUGUGAACUAGUUUCGAGGCGUGAUGAUCCAGUAACUUUUCUACAGAUGCAGCCCAUCCCCAUAAAAUCUGGUGGUCAUGAAGGAUAUAAGAAAUCACAUCCACUGCUCUUGGUUGUGGCAUGUGAUGACACCAAAGAUUCUGCUCCAGGUCAAACUGGGAGGGAUGGCUUCAUUGAGCCUCAGGGAGGAAGCAUCACACACUCACCUACAGUAGUGCGUUUUUACUCCUUAAGGUCUCACAACUAUGUGCAUGUUUUGCGAUUCCGCUCUACUGUGUAUAUGGUUAGAUGCAGUCCAAAGGUAGUGGCUGUUGGUCUUGCAGCACAGAUCUACUGUUUUGAUGCUCUUACCUUAGAGAACAAGUUUAGCGUGCUCACAUAUCCCGUGCCUCAGUUGGGUGGCCAAGGUGUGACUGGGGUCAACAUUGGCUAUGGCCCCAUGGCUGUAGGACCGAGAUGGUUAGCAUAUGCUUCAAAUAAUCCACUGUUGUCAAACACUGGGCGCUUGAGUCCCCAAAGUCUUAGUCCUUCUCCAGGUGUUAGCCCUUCUACAUCACCUGGUAAUGGAAAUCUGGUAGCUAGGUAUGCCAUGGAGUCGAGCAAACAUUUAGCUGCCGGGUUGAUCAAUCUUGGAGACAUGGGCUACAAAACUUUGUCAAAAUACUGUCAUGAACUUCUUCCUGACGGUAGUAAUUCGCCAGUGUCAACGAGUGCUAGCUGGAAAGUUGGGAGAGUUCCAGCACAUUCGACUGAGACAGAUGCCGCGGGCAUGGUUGUUAUUAAAGAUUUUGUUUCUCGAGCAGUUAUAUCACAAUUCAGGGCACAUACCAGUCCUAUAUCUGCUCUGUGUUUUGACCCUAGUGGCACUCUUCUUGUUACUGCCUCUACUUGUGGGAAUAAUAUAAACCUAUUUCGUAUUGUACCUUCUUGCUCAAAUGGAGCAGGAAACCAAAGCAGCGACUGGAAAGCUUCACAUGUCCACCUCUACAAGCUUCAUCGGGGUGUGACUCCAGCUGUGAUACAAGACAUUUGUUUUAGUCACUACAGUCAGUGGGUAGCUAUUAUUUCAUCCAGGGGAACUUGCCAUCUUUUUGUCCUAUCCCCUUUUGGCGGUGAGACUGGUCUUCAACUACAAAAUUCUUAUGUUGAUGGACCCAUCCUUCGACCUAUUCUUUCAGGACCAUGGUGGUCCACAUCAUCUUUCCUGGUCAAUCAGCAGUCUUUUGCGCCACCACCAGCGCCAGCUCCUAUCACGCUCUCUGUGGUCAACAGGAUAAAGAAUGUGAAUUCAGGUUGGCUAAAUACAGUGAGCAAUGCUGCAUCUUCUGUAGCAGGAAAGGUUUCUGUGCCUUCGGGUGUUCUUGCUGCUGAUUUUCACAGUUCCGUACGCCGGGAGCAACCUGCUCCCCAAAAUUUCAAUGCCUUGGAGCAUCUUUUGGCUUAUACUCCAUCUGGUCACUUAAUUCAAUAUGAGUUGAUGCCCUCAUUUGGUGGAGAUCAGGGUGACACUUAUGUGAGAAUAGGGACUGUUUCAGUAGUUCAAAUGCAAGAGGAUGACACUGGGGUGAAAGUUGACCCCAUUCAAUGGUGGGAUGUCUGUCGAAGAGCUGAUUGGCCUGAAAGAGAGGAAUGUAUUCAUGGCAUUACUCUAGGUGGCCGUGAAGCUACAGACAUAGUCAUGGGAGAUUCUCUUUCUGAAGAUGAUGAUACAGGAGAAAAGGAUUUGGCUAAACUAUGUGAUCGGUCUCAUUGGUACCUUUCCAAUGCUGAGGUGCAGUUGAAGUCUGGGAGGAUACCUAUUUGGCAAAAGUCCAAGAUAUACUUCUGUACCAUGAGUCUUUCUGGAUAUGAAGAGCAGGAUAUCUCCAGAACUUCUGCUGCUGGGGAGAUUGAGAUUGAGAAGAUUCCUGUCAAUGAGGUCGAAAUAAGGCGUAAAGAUCUGCUGCCUGUGUUUGACCAUUUUCACAGGCUUCCGUCAAAGUGGUCAGAUGAUAGCUCUUCCAUUGGUAAAGAGAAGUCGGGGGACAGCACAACUAGUAUUUCCAGGGCAGACUCUCUCUCUGAGAAAAGCUUUCCUUCUGGGUCGUCACAAGUUCCUGGUUUACAUGAAGUGGACAUGGGGCCAAUUUCGUAUCCAUGUAUUGAACUAUCUAUGGAAGAAAGUGAUAGGUUGAGAAGCUCUAAUUAUAAUGUAGCCCCACAAGUGAGUAAGAACGUGCAGGCUGCUCUAGAAUCAUCCCCAAAUAUCUUGUGCGCCGUUGAGGAAAGCUAUGUUGUAAAUAGUCCAUCUCCUCCCAAAAUUGAAUCCUUCUCCACUGGAGGAACAAGUGCAAGAGAGGUUCAGUCUUCAAAUAGUGUCAUUACCAGUGAAGCUUCAAAUUCAAGUUCCAAUCGUUCCGACAUGAGCAUGAACAUAAUUGAUGAACAAACUGUUAAUGAAGAUAUAUGCGACACUGUAGAUUUUGGGCAAUUUUUUCAAGAAGGCUACUGUAAGGCUUCAACUAACAAUGAAUUAAAUGAGGUAACUGAACUGGUCGCUGAUAUGGAUAGCAGUAGUAGUCCUUGCAACAAAGAGAAACCUGAUGAUGAUGGGGAAAGUGAUGAUAUGCUGGGAGGUGUGUUUGACUUCUCCGAAGAAGGUUGAUGCCUGACUCUGAUUCCCGCAGCAUACCAGCCUAAUCUUAUUUCAAUAAUAUUUAGUAUUGCUGGUAGUAGGAAUUGGCCAAUUCAGUGGAACAUAUCAUAUAUACCAUUGAAUAGAGCUGAACAUUUCAGAAGAAAUCUACUGACUGAUAUGUGAAAUAUGACUUAAGUUCUUUCUUUUGCCGGAGUGAAGAUGCCUGGUUUCUCCUGUCCGAUUCUCCUGUAUAUGUUGUAUAGUAAAAUUCAUGAUGCAAAUGAUUGGUGUGGACAUGACAGUCUAUGCUGUGUAAAACUAUUUUAUUUAUUUAAAAAAAGAAAAGAAAAUAAAAAAAUCAAAAAGAAAAGAAAAUCACCAUUUAUUGUACAGUUAUGUUUCUGUUUCAUUGACCGUGUUUGAUUGGAACACUAGACUUUGUUGCUUGAUGUUUAUUUGUAUCAGGGUUAUUUUGGCAAAGUUGGCGGAUGUAUAAACAUGAUGCUGAAUGAUAACGGAAUCAAUUGCUUGAUAUUGAA